AUGGGGUCUGAUAAUUUAUUGUUCUCAAUCUUGUUCUUCUCUGUUUUUCUCAAUUUCAUGGAGUUCGCCAAAGCCCAGAUGCCAGGUUUUAUAAGUCUAGAUUGUGGUGGCCAAAAGAAUCACACAGACGAGCUCGGGCUCGAGUGGACUCCUGAUGAUCAAGUUGUAUAUGGAACAACAACCAACAUCUCCAUCGCAAAUGAGACUAGACGGCAAUAUCAAACACUCCGAUAUUUCCCUGCAGAUAAUCACAAGUAUUGUUAUUCGCUAAACGUGAAAACUAGGACUAGAUACCUCAUAAGAGCGACAUUCUUGUACGGUAAUUUUGAUAGCAACAACGUGUACCCGAAGUUUGACAUCUCCCUGGGGCCUACUCAUUGGGCAACUAUUGUCAUUUCAGAUGCUAAUACCAUAGAGUCUCAAGAACUCAUCUUUUUGGCUUCUGAUCCUUUGGUCACAGUGUGUUUAUCGAAUUCCACAACUGGGCUGCCCUUCAUUUCCACACUUGAGCUUCGACAAUUCAAUGGUUCAAUCUAUCUUACACCAUUUGAGGACCAAUUCUUUUUAAGUGUUUCAGCUAGAAUCAAUUUUGGGGCUGAAAAUGAAGAUCCGGUCAGAUAUCCAGAUGAUCCAUUUGAUAGAAUAUGGCAAUCUGAUUCGGUGAAGAAAGCAAAUUAUCUUGUCGAUGUUGCUGUUGGGACCGAAAAAGUUUCAACCAAAUUGCCGAUCAUGACUGGCAAGGAUGAAUUACCACCUCAGAAAGUGAUGCAGACGGCUGUUGUUGGCCGGAACGGAUCUUUAACUUAUCGUAUGAACUUGGAUGGAUUUCCGGGCUUUGGUUGGGCUUUCACUUACUUUGCAGAAAUUGAAGAUUUAGGUCCGAAGCAAACACGAAAAUUCCGCUUAGUCAUUCCAGGACAACCGGACCUCAGUAAAUCUGUUGUCAACAUCCAAGAAAAUGCUCAGGGAAAAUACCGUCUUUAUGAGCCUGGAUUCUAUAACAUAUCAUUUCCUUUUGUUUUGUCAUUUAAAUUUGGGAAAACAUCAGAUUCUACCGAAGGGCCUCUUGUUAACGCAAUUGAGAUCAGCAGAUAUCUUAAAAUAACUGAUGGUUCUUUUGAUGGGGCAGUGGCUUCAAGCUUAGUAUCGGUUUACAAGUCACUAGUUUGGGCUCAAGAAGGUGGGGAUCCAUGCUUGCCGGUUCCAUGGUCCUGGUUGGAGUGUAAUUCAGACCCUCAACCGAAGAUCAUCUCAGUUAAAUUGUCGAAUAUGAACAUGACUGGAAGCAUUCCUUCAGAUUUAACCAAGUUGAGCAGCUUAGAAGAGUUGUGGCUCGAUGGGAAUGCAUUGACCGGUUCAAUCCUUGAUUUUACGGGAUGCCCAAACUUAAGGAUCAUACAUCUUGAAAACAAUCAAUUGAGCGGUAAUCUACCUUCUUCCUUAGCAAACCUACCUAAGUUGAGCAAACUGUAUGUGCAAAAUAACUUGUUAUCCGGAUACGUGCCAUCGGGUCUUCUGAAAAAGAACAUAGUCUUCAACUACAAUGGAAACAGCAAUCUUCAUAAACGAAGCGGUGGAGGGAGACUCAACAGACACAUUAUUAUUGGAUCAGCAGUUGUGGCUGCUGCUUUAUUAAUAGGAUUCAUGAUCGCAUGCCUGCUCCAUCGUCAACGAAAGAAAGAUCACAAGCAAGAGCCUGAACACGAGAUGCAUGAUUCUUCUAUGCAUACCGCAACUUCAGAAGGUGCCCAAUGCUUUACACUAUCUCAACUUAGAAUUGCAACAAAGAAUUUCGAGAAGAAAGUUGGGUCAGGAGGCUUUGGAACAGUUUACUACGGUAAAUUGAACGAUGGAAAGGAAAUUGCAGUCAAGGUUCUAGGAAGUAACAACACCCAUCAGGGAAAGAAGGAAUUCGCGAAUGAGGUGACUCUUCUGUCAAGAAUACAUCAUAGAAACUUGGUGAAAUUUUAUGGCUUUUGUCAAGAAGAAGGGAAGGAUAUUCUUGUUUAUGAAUUCAUGCACAAUGGAACCCUCAAAGAACAUCUUUAUGGACCUUUAGCAAAGGAACAACGAAUCAAAUGGAUCAAACGCCUUCAGAUUGCUGAAGAGUCUGCCAAAGGGAUCGAGUAUCUUCAUACCGGUUGUGUCCCUUCCAUUAUCCACAGAGACCUGAAAACAAGCAACAUUCUUCUUGAUGACAACAUGACAGCGAAAGUUUCGGAUUUUGGCCUCUCGAAACUUGCAGUCGAUGGGAAUUCACAUGUAUCAAGCAUAGUUCGAGGCACUCUUGGCUAUCUUGAUCCAGAAUAUUAUAUCUCCAAUCAUUUGACAGAAAAAAGCGAUAUCUAUAGUUUUGGGGUCAUCCUUCUUGAGYUGAUCUCCGGUAAAGAAGCCAUUUCUAACGAAAGUUUUGGUUUGAAUUGUCGCAACAUCGUUCAAUGGGCAAAGUUACAUAUAGAGAAUGGGGACAUCCAAAGGAUCAUUGACCCAGCUCUAGGAGACGAAUACGAUGUCCAGACCAUGUGGAAGAUGGCCGAGAAAGCGUUGAUGUGUGUCCAGCCUCAUGCGAACAUGAGACCUUCGAUGUCUGAAGUUAUCAAGGAAAUACAAGAUGCAAUCUCGAUAGAGAGGGGUGUCAAUGGAGGUAGUUCUGAUGAAAUAUCGCGGAGUUCUUUUCAUUCAUCAUUGAAUAUGGGAUUGCUUGACGCGGGCAUUGACCCUUACUUGUCGUUUCACGACUCCAUCACACUCCCCUCGGCUCGAUAGUUUGUUUCUUGUCGUGUGUAAUGAUUGUCGAUAGAUCAGUUGAAUAGGUAAUGUGGGUUUUUUUUGGCUUUAGGGUAUUCGUAGAACGUUGUCUUAAAGUUGCUCCAUCCUUUGGAGUAGAGAACAAAUCUGUGUACAUUCGACUCCUUGAGACGUAGAACCUAUUUUUGAGUAAUAUAUAUUGGGUUUCAGAU